CUGGUUAGUGAUGGUGCUACAUCCGGCUCACCCAAUCACGUUCUCGUAUGCAAAUCAGCGUGCACCGAUUGGCUGUUUCCGUGCUUUCCUCUUGUACUGGUCCACCAGCCUGUUUCCUUGUUGUUGUGCUGAUGCUGUGUGUGUGUGUGUGUGUGUGUGUGUGUGUGUGUGUGUGUGUUAUUUAAAGGGGAAAGGAGCUGUGUCUUUGUGGAUUUCUCAGCGCUUGCUGGAGGAGGACCAGGAGGAGGAUUAGGAAGAGGAUCAGGAGGACGAUCAGGAGGACGAUCAGGAGGAGGGUGGGUGAGGGAGCGGAGCGGAGCGGAGCUCGAGGUAUCAGGUUUUUGUGGAGAGCAUCUUCACCGGUGGAGAGACAGGAUUCAAGCAGCUCCAUACUGAUGCUGAGUCAGAGACAGGUGGAUCGGUGGGCCUUUGUUUCUGGAGCCUCGGGUGAAGAUGGAGGAGCUGGAACACACCUGUCCUCAUCCUCGGACGGCUCUCACAGAACCCGCCAUAUUUGCCCAGGAGACGAGUUGUGAGUGUCGAGCGCCCCAUGAGAAGCUGAGCGUGGAACAGGCUCGACGUGGCACUCCCGUGGACAGGCCGGUGCGCGUCUACGCAGAUGGGAUUUUUGAUCUUUUCCACUCCGGCCACGCCCGAGCGCUGAUGCAGGCCAAGAACCUCUUCCCCAACACGUACCUGAUAGUCGGAGUUUGCAGCGACGAACUCACUCACAAGUACAAGGGCUUCACGGUUAUGACGGAGGAGGAGCGUUACGAAGCGUUACGGCACUGUCGCUACGUGGACGAGGUGGUGCGAGACGCUCCCUGGACCCUCACGCCGGAGUUCCUGGAGAAACACAAGAUCGACUUUGUGGCGCAUGAUGAUAUCCCAUACUCCUCGGCUGGAUCUGAGGAUGUGUACAAACAUAUAAAGGAGGCAGGGAUGUUUGUGCCCACUCAAAGGACAGAAGGAAUUUCCACGUCCGACCUGAUCACUCGUAUCGUGAGAGAUUACGACGUUUACGCCCGACGCAACCUGGAGCGAGGAUACACGGCCAAGGAGCUGAACGUCAGCUACAUCAACGAGAAGAAGUACCGUCUGCAGAACCAGGUGGACAGGAUGAAGGAGAAGGUGCGGACGGUGGAGGAAAAAUCCAAACACUUUGUGUACCGUGUGGAGGAGAAGAGCCACGACCUUAUACAGAAAUGGGAGGAGAAGUCACGCGAGUUUAUUGGGAACUUCUUGGAACUCUUCGGUCCCGAUGGCACGUGGCAGAUGUUUCAGGACCGCAGUGGCCGUAUGAUCCAGGCGUUCUCUCCUCGCGGUUCUCCCAGCAGCAGUCCUCCCAGGGAUUUCUCUCCAUCCCGCUCUCCGUCUCCUCCGUCCCGCUGGGCCAUGCCGAGAACCUCGCCUCCCUCUUCUCCCAAAGGCGCCUCGGCCUCCAUCAGCAGCAUGAGCGAGGGAGAUGAGGACGAGAAGUGAGAGCGCGGACGAGGAGCGAGGACUCAUGCACCCAAAACACCUCACACACACACACACACCUUUCUUCAUUACCUGCACACUCCAGCAGUGACGAGCUUCACAAGUCUCCUCCCAGGAAAACAAAAACAAAACAAAAUGCGUAAAUACGUUGUAUGCAAUACCAGAUCGAGCGUGUCCUCUUUCUGAUUUUAACAAGUUCAUAUGAAAGCCAUUGAUUUAUUCGCUUCAGCAGAGAGGAGAUGAAGGUGAUGAGUGUGUGUAUAUGUGUAUGUGUAUGUGUAUGUGUGUGUAUGUGUGAUUUGCCUUUUCUUGCUCAGGUUUGACUGAAAUGUAAAGACUGUCCAUGUAAAGUACUGUACAUCUCUGUCUGAGGUUUUUAUCUGCAUAUUUAAGGACAGAGACACUUUAAGCUAUUUAUUUUUCUUGAUGGUGUCUGUUAUAAUCCUCCACAUCAUUAAAGGAACAGUUUGGACAAAAAAAAACAAACAAACAAAAAAAAGACAAAAAACAAACACAAAACAUCCACGAUGUAGUGGAUCGACCGAGACAUGAUCGCUGUCUGAUGUUUGCUUCUUUAGCUCCGAGUUCUGUUUCACGGUCACGGUAAUCCACCAUUUCACCAAAACGGACACUUGAAUGGAGAUGUUCUCAACCGUGUGCAAAUUAACUCUAUGGAAAUCCAAAUGAUCAGCUAGGUCAAUUCCUCGGACCGAUCCUACGCUUCGUGUGGUGCGACCUUUCUUCAGUUCAUCGCUCACACAUACACACACCUUGGUUCUUACCUGCCAAUAGUUCCCACAAAAAAAUAUAAAAAGGAAGAAAACCUUACAACUGUGGUUUCAUCUUAUCCUGUCGUACAAUACGAGCUUACGUUAAAUGUGAGGAAGAAAAAUAAUGCUUGGAAAGAAGCAGCAGAGAGUCUUUGGUGCUUUUGCUGCAUGAGCGUAGCAAGAGAGUUAACUCGCUUUGCUAAUCUAAUCUAAUCUGAGGACAUAAAAAUCAAAUAAAAAUGAUGGACAGGCCACGCCCCAAACCGAUAUUAAUAGCGCUCACAACACUUUGGGGCUGCUUAUAAAUUCAGGAAGCUUUUAUUAAACAAGAAAAAUCACUUAUAAAUGUACAAACCCCACCUUCAGACCUCAGGCCACGCCUCUUACCUGAACCCAAUCCUGGAAUUCAAGUUCAUCUUGCUUUUUUUUGCGUCCAAAUUGCUCCUUUAAAAAUGUAUAAAUGUAUUACUGACAUUUGUUCAGGGCUUGAAUUAGAAAAGCUUCUUUUUUUAAUUUUAUUGUUGUUACUUCAUCAACAUCUGCAUCAACAUCUGUCCUGAUACUGUUACUGCUACCUCCGCGUCCUCCUGCUGCUUCUAUCUGCCAUCGAAUUUCCAAAUCAGGAGGAAACAUGGGAUUCUCGGCGGUAACGUUCAGACAGACACCUCACGUGUCUUGAUGAAAUGCCAAAAUGUUUAAUCGUUUAAACUACAAAAUCACUAGCGCUGACGUUGCCGUGUUGUAAAUGCUAAUGCUAACGCAAGGCUCGAUCCUGAUUUCGCAUUAAAUGCACUGGAUGCAAAGUUGCACUGUGUACAAACCCGUGUACGGAUGUGUUUUUUUUGUUCAUGUGUUAUUUUAUACCUGUGUGCAGCUAAAAUAAUAAUAAUAAUAAUAAUAAUAAUAAUAAUAAUGUGACUAAAGAAUAAACAAGUGCGAAAAUGGAGCGUCUGGAUGGAUGAGUGAUGAGACUGGAAAGAAAAGCAGCGAAACGAGG